AGGUUUGCUAGCACAAUUCCACAAAUACUCUUUUUAACUGUCAGUGUCAGGUGAGGGAGCAGUGGUUGUUAAAAACACCGUGGCGGCUUCCUUAAACUGAAACCCAAAUAUACUUUCUCCUUCUCUCUUUAUCUUUCUCUCUCUGUGGAAACUUAUUCAGUAAGAACGUGACCAAGUCAACGUUAUCAUUUACUUCUCUAAUCCUCUCUCUCUUUCUAAAUCAGAACUUGAACCUUAUUGCCUUGUAGUUUAUGUUUCAGUUGUUGGACUUGGAUGGACGCAAUUGAAAUGAGUUUCUUGAAACCAUCAGCAUUGUAUCAGUUCCUUUUAACAUUCAUUUCUUUAAGAUGGAUGCCAUGCCAAAGCUUAGGGUUUCUUAAAUGGCCUGGUCUUGAUGGGUUCUUGAGGCUUUUUGUUAUGUUUCUUUUGUGGUCUAUGUGUUUAGAGAUUCGUUUCAUUCCUUCUGCUUCUAUGUACCCAACUCUGCGCAUUGGUGACCGAGUUAUUGUUGAAAAGGCUUCAUACUAUUUUAGAGCUCCUGCAACAAAUGAUAUUGUCAUAUUCCGAGCUCCAAAACAGCCUGGAAUCAAAGAGGAAGAUGUUUUCAUUAAGAGAAUUGUAGCAAAAGCUGGAGAUUUGGUCCAGGUUCAGCAUGGAUCUUUGUACGUAAAUGGAAAAGCUCAGAAUGAAGACUUCAUUGCACAGCGGCCAACAUACACAUCAGAAAUAACUUAUGUGCCUAAGGGUCAUGUUUAUGUGUUGGGUGACAACCGCAAUAACAGCUAUGAUUCCCAUGUUUGGGGCCCUGUUCCUACAAAGAAUAUCAUCGGAAAAUUUAUCAUGUGCUGCCACAGGCCUUCGGACAGAUGAGCCCAUGAUCACACAUGCUAUAGACGCCAGAACUGCAGGAGACACCUUAGCAUAUUUCUUGCUAGCAGCUUCAAAUUCAUGGAUCUUGCUGCUAACUUCCUGUUCAUUACUUCAUUGGUUGAUUUUUUUUUUUCUUGCCUCAUUCAUCAUUGUUGUUACUAGCGCUAGUAACAGAAAUGAUUAGGAUUCUUGGGGAUGGUUGUCACCUUACCUGUCAAUGAACUUUGCAGAUUGCACGUUGUUGUUAGUGCUAACAUAUUGAUAGAUAUUAUUUUGGACAAGACAUGAAUCUAGUUCCAAAUAUGAAUAUAUUGCAACCGAAGUUAGCAACA